CUUUAGAAUUAUUGCAUGACUUCAAACAGAACCAAUUUACCCAAGGAGGUGAUGGCAUUUCCUGACUUCCACUUCUCACAGAAUCUGCCCUCUUUUAUCACUCACACCAAUGUCAAAGAUUAUCUCAUAGAUUAUGCAAACAAUUUUGGCCUCUAUGCUCACAGCAAGUUAAAGACGCAAAUUGAAAGAGUUGAAAUGAUUACAACAAACACUGGCUCUAUAAAAUGGUGCGUCACGUACAAAGACGUCGAAGACUCGUCUGCACCCUCCACAUCUGAAACCUAUGACUCUGUCGUAGUUUGCAAUGGACAUUAUUCUAUACCAAAUAUUCCUGAAAUACCUGGACUCAAGCAGUUUGAAGGAUCUUUUCUACACAGUCAUGAUUAUAGGGUCCCUGAAGUUUUCAAGGGAAAAACAGUUCUUUGUCUUGGAGGCGGAGCUUCUGGCAUUGAUAUAGCAAUGGACCUCACCAGUCAGGCAAAAAAGGUAUUUCUCAGCCAUCGUGGUAAGCAAAUAACCAGCCCAUUGCCAGAAAACCUUGAAGAAACUGUCGAAAUAAAAAGUUUUUCUGAAAAUUUUGUGAAUCUCAAAGAUGGCCGUGAUUUAGAAGUUGACACAGUAAUUUUCUGUACCGGAUACAAAUAUGAUUUUCCUUUCCUCACUAAAGAAUGUAACCUGAAUAUAACUGAUGGACGAGUUUACCCACUGUUUAAACAUAUUGUUCAUGCUAAACAUCCCUCACUCAAUUUCAUUGGUGUCACAAAGAAAGUUUGUCCUUUUCCAACAUUCCAUUGUCAAGUGCAGUUUAUGAUGGCCAAUUUGGAUGGUUCAAUGAAACUACCUUCUUAUGAAGAAAUGCUUCAAGACAUAGAGAAAGAUUAUGAGACAAGACGGAAUGAGGGGAUGCCUCAUCGACAUACACAUACAAUGGUUGGUCGAAAACAAUGGGACUACAACGAUGACAUCACUUCAAUGGCUGAGACGAGACCAAUUUCAAAACAAGUGAGAGAUUUGUUUGACAAAAUUCACUACACCAGGAUCAAUAAUCUUUUGGAGUAUAAGAAAUACAACUAUUACUUGAAGAAUGACAACUAUGUCGGAGUGCAGAACUAGACUGUGUGGCCAGUUUUAGUCACAACAAAAUAGAAGAAACUUGGAAGAAUGUCUCAACUUUUCCCCUUCCUUUGCUUUCAUUUCAAUUUGGGAAAAACUUUCAAUAUUAUUUACUCUUUCAUUUCUAUGUCCUGUAUUCCACUGUAGCUUGCAGCAACUCAAGCCUGAAUAUUAAGAGAUUAAUUUUAAUCACAAGUAUAAUAACCACAUAUUUGAUGAUUAAAUUUCACUGAGUAUCUCUGAAUAAGCAUGUCUUUUGGAAACCAACUUUAUUAAGCAGCAUCUUGAAGAACCUCCAUUAAUGUUAUCAACAUUCAUCUUGGAAAAUGUCUUGAAAUAUUUUUCUUCUUCUCUUAAACCAUUGGCAGUUUGUUAUAUUUAUGCAGUCAGGAUAAGCAACAAAUUUCUUUUUCAUUCAAGUUUACUGAUUUUUAAAAAAUCUUCUUAACAUAAUUAGAGAAAAUUGAAACUACCUUCAUUUUACUGUUGCCCUUUUUGGGGUCAGAUAUGGAGAAAGCUGAAGGGUAAACUGUGUGUGGUUUCUGGCUGUAUACCAAUGCAUAUCCCUCUCCUUGAUUCAGGUUAAAAAAAUCAAUUUGAAUAAAUGUGGUAAAUGUUGUAAUGUAGAGAAGUGGGCUCCCUUGAGGACCUUGGUAGAGUUAAGUCCUCAGGGAUCUAAGUCUGUAAUCUGACAAUGAUCCUUUUAUUUCAUGUAGACCACUAAAGCUAAACUUGAUCCCUUUCUUUUAGGAAUAUUAAACAGGGGUUCAUUUCUUAUAAAUCCUCAUCAAUUCAAUUACAUAUAUCAUUCUUUAACAAGAACAGUAUUGACAGUAACUUUGAAGUUUUGGCCAGUUGAGCCAUCAUCAGAAGCAGGCAGAAACUUCAAAGACACUGUCGAUAUUAUUCUUAUUAAGGAAUAAUUAUUUUGUAUUCUGCCAAAUGUAUUGAGUAAGAUUUCAGUUUAAGACUUGGAUGUGGCCCUUAGAGUGUAAGGCAUUAAGGGCCAAAACACUUGGCUGGGUGGGGUUCCUUUUCUGAAGACCUUCUGCUGUUUAGUUCUCUUGAGGAUUUCUUACCACUAUAUGUGUGUGUGUGUGUGUGUGUGUGUGUGUGUAUGCAUGUCCCCGGAAUACAUUAGCAUUACCGGUGAUAUAAAUACAGCUCUGGGCUUGCCAGAAUCAGUAGAGCAACACCAAACAAAUUUUUUUGUGGUAUUAAUUUAUAUUUCUUUACGUUCUGACUUCAAAAUCUCCUGGAACCAACUUCAUAUUUUCAAACAUCUUAUUUCAUGUAUAAACAUUCCCUAUCAUUUCAAGUUUUACUAUUUUCCCCCAAAAUAAAAAUAUUACUUAAAGUGAA